AUGUUCGGCGAGUUUUCCCCUUUUUUGGAUCUCCAAACUACUUCUUCUUUGUUCUAUUGCGUUUUGGUGCACAUUCUCAUCGCCGUCACGAUGCUCGGGUUUUGUGCCAAGAAGAGUAAGAAGGAGGAGGUGAAAUCGGAGCCUCAAUCUGCCCGCGAUCCUCUCGCUUCUCAAGAAACCCCCCGUGAGCCAGGCGGUGGUAACGAACGAUCCCGUCAUCACUUCACCCCACCGCACAUCGCUACAGCUGCUCCGGGACCAUCGGCUCUUCGGACUCAACACCACCGCCCAUGCCCAGUGCACUGCCACUUCAGUGAAACAUCCAACGACGCCAGCGACUCAUUCGUCGAUUCAGCAGACACCUCGGACAUCGAAUUCGACUCGACGCAAUCGUUGUCCGGCGGUGAUCACAACUCGUAUCUGGCUGAGCAAUGCACAUGCAUUUGUGCUCCGAAACAAGUACGAUUCCAGUGUCCGAAGACGUCCAGCCGUUCAUUGAGCUCUCGUCGUUUCAUUUGA